GUUUUACAAUUGUGGCGGGAUUCUGAGCUACUGGGUUGUGAUCGGAUGACUGAAACCGGCGAGAACUUGACUGAAUUGGCUGAGUAGGGACCUAACAGUGUGUUGUGAUAUUUUGUUGGUUGUUUAUGGCUCUUCACGGGCUUUCCAAGGCGUUAGUUGAGCCUCUUUUCAAUUGUAAAGGCGCUAGCUUGUCACCGGACGUCUUGGAGGAAUAUCUUUGUGUGCUCGCCAGACUAAACGAGGAAAAUAUGGAGAAAGUCGACCAUCAGGCGGGACAUUUUGUGAGCAGCAAGAGUGUCGAGUAUGUUUUUGCGACCUGCCAUCAUCUCGACCUUCCGGUAGAAACAAAAUACAUUGCAGUUGAACUCUUUGAUAGGUUCAUGAGAGCACACGUAAGCAGUCUUCUCCACCACGUGCACAGAUCCUGCAAGCCGGAUCGUGAUAGAAAUUGGGAGGCGGUUGAAGAACGUCUUAAAUCUCAACUACCGCUUCGCAUUCUAUCGUGCGUACAACUUGGCAGUAAAUUGUGUUCACACUACAAGGCGCUGACACCGGGUCGUGUAAAAGACUUCUUGUCGUCAGAAGGCCAUCUAUACAGCAACAACGCCAUCCUACAGUCAGAGAUCAGAGUCUUGAAUACACUCUCGUUCAGCGUCCAGGUGACAUCACCUCUAGUUUACAUCGAGACAUUACUCGAAACGCUAGGUCACAACUCUCCUGUUAUUGAUGUCAAACGGUUGUAUACAGUGAGUGUGAAAGUCCUUGACGUGUACUAUCUACUCAGAAAAGAAGUCUACUCUGAAUUGUUAAGGCGUUCGAAAGCGUUACAGUCCAAGCGCCCCCUCGUCCUGUCUAGUGCUCGCGUAACGAGUGUGAAACAACAAGCGGAUUAUAUGUGGCUGGCAGCAUCUGCUAUAGGAGCCGCUUCUUUCUUUAUAAAUCAGGGAACAAGUGACCAGGUCGUUGAUCAGUUGAGUCAAAUUGCUGGAAUUGUUAGCGAUGAAUUAGUAGAAUUUGCAGCUGUACUUGUUGGACUUAUAAUUUCGUGAGGCGGGAUAUUCGUGUCGGUAAGUUUAAUUAACGUAUACAUACAUACGUGUACACAUACGGUACCGGUACCGUAACAAUCUACGAGCAUUGA